AUGCAUCAACAACAACUACAGUUUACCUCAUCAGAGAUGUUCUCUGGGGAAGCCUUUUGGACUUGGGGUGACGAACAGUGGGGGUGGCUUGAUGGCAGCUUGUGGCCAUUCCCUGAGGGAUUUGAAGGAGUGGACUUCUGUCUCUUCAACGAAAGCCCUUCCAUAUCCCAAGCCCAAGCUAUCAUCCUUCCCUCCGGUAUAUGCCAACAAACAUUGCGCACUACCGAGCCAGAAAUUGACCCACAUUUCGAAGCUUACAACAUUCCUCCAGCGAAUCCUUUGACAUACGAACAGCAAGCUCACUUAUUUCCAUCUGGUUCUCCAACAUACCAACUACAAGCUCACUUCCCAUCUGGUUCCACGACAUACUCUCAACCUCCCUCUCUCGGAUUUUCACCCAUGCCAUCUCAAGACUCCCCUGCAUCUGUCGAGCAAACACCGCCAAGUAUGCCUCUCCCAUACAUCCUACUCAACCACGGAGAAGCUUCCAUGAGUGGAUCGCAGCUUCAGGAUGCGCAGCCUCCGGCUGUGUUGACUGACGCGGUGCCAGGCUUGCCAGUUGAGCUUAUGGACGGCCGACUGCCCAAGGACCGUCAAGCACACCCAGAGUCGUUCCAUGGACAGGCUCAGAACCAGGGGCAGCCAGCAUCAACAGAUCAAUUAGGCCACAGUCCAAAGUUACCUGCCCGACGUCAACGAAGAAAGGACAAGCCGGAAGCGUGUCCCAUUUGCGGUAAGGGUCAUGCCUACCAGGCAGAGCUGGACAGACAUAUCAUAGCUCAGCACAAGGACCAAGCAGAGAAACAUGCCCUUUCGACCGCGCGACUCCCUUGCCCGCAUUGCCCAAGGGACUUUGCUAGGAAAGAUCAUCUCGUCCGCCACCGUCAGCGGAAACAUGGACUGGCAAAACAGCAAAAGAGGAGUAAGAAGAUUUGA